AUGGUCCCCACAUCCACAAGGAUUGUACGAAGAUGUGGGGUCCUGCUCCUUCGAUAUUUACCGAGUGCCAUUGAUUCUUGUGGUCUUUCAGUCCGUCUUUUCUUUCUUCCCAGAGGAUUCCUCCACUUCUCCUACCUUGCCGUCUUUGGAUACAUAUUUCAGUUGGAUGCACUACUGCAUUAUUCGGAUUAUAAUAACAAGACUAAUGCAGCUGGUGAGAAGCGGACAUUAGAGGUGGAUGCUGUGUUUGGAGCUGAUGGGGCCAAUUCCCAGGUUGCUAAGUCUAUUUCUGCUAGGGAUUAUGAGUAUGCUAUUGCCUUUCAGGGUUCACAACAUUUAAAACUUCUCAACGCCAAACCUUCUCACCCUAAACGUACCUUCUAUUCCAACGCAACGCAUCUGAACUCUGAAGGCAAUCGAGUUUCGCAGCUCUCCUCACCGCGCGGCUCCACCACCACCAUCACCACCACCACCUUCCUCACCGCGCGGCUCCACCACCACCAUCUGAAGGCGAGUUGCCCACGACCGUCGUGUUUCCUACCUCCGCGCGAUUCUGUUUCACACAAUCUGUCAAGGUGUAAACUUGGUGAAUGUCGUAUCCUCUUAUGUGAGCCAGGUUCCAAGCACAGGUUGCAGAAAUUGCAGUUGAAUUUUCCUAGGACCGUAGCUACCAUGGAUGAUCAUCGUGAUAAUGAAAUACAGGGAAUUGAUGGAGCUAGUCAUCCUACGGGGGAAUCACAAGAUACCAACACUAGUAAAAAGACCAAAUUCCGUGGUCCGUCAAAAGGAGUUCAAGCCAAAAAGCCCAUGUAUCUUCAGUAUAAUCAAUAUGGAAUCCUCGAUGGAGAAUGGUCAAGAGAAUACGGGAAGCAAGUUGGGUCUUGUGCUGCUAGAAUUAACAUUAAUGUGAAAGAAUAUUCAACGUUAGAUGAACACACAAAGAAGGGGUUUUGGGAGGAGACCAAGCUUAUGUUCCACAUUAUUGAUGAUCCGGCUAAAAGGAGAGAAAAAUAUUUUCAUAUGUGUGUGGCGAAACGCUUUGGAGCUUUCAAGUCCAGGUUAACGCGGCGUUGGAUAACUAAGAAAGAAAAAAUGCCGAAACAUCAGACAGACGACAUGCCUUGGGACAUCUACAAUCAAAUCACAGAGGAUGAUUGGAAAACAUUUGUGAUGGAACGAAACAAGCCGGAGAUGUUGGUUCGUAGAGAAAAAGCAAGUAAAAGUGCAUUACAAAACAAGCACCCACAUCGCACAGGCCAAAAGGGUUAUGUUAGAAAGAGACCAGAGUGGAUAAAUGAUGGGCGACUACCGCCAGAGGCAGCUUUAACCCUCUCAAGUGGCUCCUCCUCAGUGACCUCAUCACUCACCACAGCGUCAGAUAGAUUUAAGAAGUUUAGAUCAGUACAGUGGAUCUUGGCUCAUCAAGUUAAAAACAAAGAGGGAAAGUGGGAAGUUGACCCGAAUGAUAAGGAAGCCGUAAAUAUUGCUAAGAUGGCUUUGGAGUAUAUAGAAGAAGAGGGAAAAGGAAAUAUUUCUUUCACCCCGGGAGAAGAUGCCCUCACCAAGGCUAUGGGAAAAAAGGAUCACCGUGGGCGUGUCAAGGCAACAGGUGGAGUCAAUGUCGGUUACAAAGUUGCUUUCGGUCCAAUAGACCGAAGUAGUAGAUGUGGCCAUAGUGAACCAUCACCGGAGGCAGUCGAAUCAAUCAGAGCUUCAGUGAGAAGGGAGUUUGAAGAUCAAUUAGAUAGAAAGGUGGCGGAGGCCCUCCAAAAGCAACUAGCCACAUUGAAAGCAACCGGUCAACUAAACACCCUCCCUACCCCCGCACUUGAUUCUGCUCUUGUAAGUGAUGAGUUUGAUGUUAACCGUGCACUCGAAACCGCUCGUCCGAAUUCAUCGCAGCAACCACGCGAGCUGAAGGCCAUAACUCCAUGUCGUCUUGCCCUUGAGGAUAAAGUUUUGGGUAAUAAAGUGAUAGUGGCAGAUGGUAUGGCAUACCCAUUGGAUGGUUCGUUGCACCAACACUUUAGAUCGAUGAAGCCUAGUCAUUAUAAGGUCCAAGUUGAUUGUAUUUACGACGGACAUGAUGAUGACACUCUUCCGGUACCUACUGGAGAUGGAUUCAAUAACUUAGGCAGGGCUCUUGCUAGUUUUGUGCAAUGGCCAAUUCACUUGGUGAUUUUCGAAGAAGACGAGGAGUACUCUACUCCACGCCCAACAAAGAAGUCCAGGAGUCAGAUUUUUGAAGAGGUGGUUGGUAGCUCCAAAGAGAAGAAAAACGAAUUAAUUGUCAAAGAGAAGACAACAGAAUUAGUUGUCAAAGAUAAGACAACAGAAUUAGUUGUCAAAGAUAAGACAACAGAAUUAAUUGUCAAAGAGAAGGCAACACUUGAUUUAGGGUCCAAAGAGAAGACAACACUGAAGUUAACGGCCAAGGAAAAUUCAUGCUCAAAUAAGUUGGAGUCGAAAUCGAAGUCGAAGAACUCUAAGAAAUCCAAAGAGAUGGUAGGUAGUUGUGAUCGUAAAACUGAAGAAUCAGCCGCCAAAAAUAAGAAGCAAAAUUUGGCAGACGACACAAUUCAAGGUCUUGGCCCAUCAUGCAAUUAUUUGAAGUUUAUCAUCAAUACGGCGCCCGGUGAUGUAUAUAAAAAUACUUCAAUCCCAUUGCCCGCUUCGGUUUGGCAUUAUGACGAAGAUCGACAAACUUAUGUAUAUGAGGUUGACUUUGAAGAGUUCCUUAGAGGGGCGUGCCUCAACAUUUCAGUGAUCCAAGUCUAUAUGAUGUGUUUAUUCCACGAGCACACCUUUGCAUUUGACAACUCUCAUAUUGGGUUUGUUUGUCCCGAGGCAAUGUCAAGCUCUAGAAUCAAGGCCAACCCUCAUGCUGCAUCAAUGUAUUUGAAAGUAGUUUUCAAUGCUGAAAUUGAAAAGGAGAAGAAGGGUGAUCCUAACAUUACCAAGUGGUUUUUGAUCCCAUACCAUCAAGAGGCAUACCAAGUGUACAAGUUUAAUGAUGGGAUUUGUCCGAAUAGAGCGACUAUGCAGGGGUUGAAAGGCUUCCAUGUAAAGUGUGCUCAACAAGUCGGCGCCCGCGAGUGUGGCUAUUACGUUAUGAAGUUCAUGCAUGAAAUAGUCACGUUACACCAUAACACUGAUGAGCGGUUAGAUAAUGCUUACACUCCAAGAAAUGCGCCUUAUACCGAUGAGGAAAUAGAUGUGGUUCGUGAGCAAUGGGCUAAGUUUUUUACAACCGAGUAUUUAUUUACUUAGGUUGUUUAGACACAAAGAUGGAAGCGUUUAUAUCUUCAUGGAUUUGGGAUCGAGUCGAUUGGAAUUAGAAAGUCAACACGGCCUUAAUUAAGGUUUGUACGUAAUGCAUGAUCGAUCUAAAGGGAGCUAAGUGGCCGGAUUAGAGAAAUUUGUUAGACUAGCUAGCUCUCUAGCCUUUUGUCUUUAUUUGUUAAUAUUAGUUUUAAUUUGUUAGACUAGCUAGCUAGGUGUUUAAAAAUUGUAAACGUACGUACUAUACGUUUUUCUCUAUGAGGCUAAUAUAAAUGAAGUUAAUUUAAUGAUUUAUUAAUAAAAAAAUAAGCAGAUUCAUACCUUUGCUA